GCGCCAGGCCUCAAGAUUACUAUCCGGCCGUAGAACUUGGAGCUAUAUAAGAUAUGGCGCCCAGACUUUGCUUGAUCACCACGCAUCAUAUCCUUGCAUCUCUAAAAGAUUCACGUUGACCAGGCUCAGCUUCUAUUAUUGAAGAUGCGAGUCAGCUUUGCACUCGCGUGCCUACUUGAGGUGUGCACUGCACUAUCGGCUGUUAAUCGCAAAGCUUGCCAGCAUCCGACAAAAGUCCCGUUGGACGGCUGCCCCAAGAACACGAUCCUCGUCGGGCCCGGUCAGAAAUACACGACCGUCCAGUCUGCAGUCUUAAGUUUGCCAAAUGGCACAGCCCCGUCCCACAUCCUCAUUCUUCCCGGCAACUACACCGAGCAAGUGAACGUCACUCGCCCAGGCCCGGUGUAUCUCUUUGGUCAGACAAAGCAUCCCAACGAUCAAAGCAAGAAUGUAGUCAACAUCAUUUGGCAUAAUGCUACUGGCGCCAACACACCGCCAAGCAUUGACAACGCGUACACGUCUACACUCACAGUUGCGCCUACCUUCAACUCCAGCACGACCGGCAGUGGGCCAACCGGCAAUCCUGUGCCGGCAGACACUCCCUUCGGAAACAUCGACUUCAGGGCUUACAACCUGAACUUCGUCAAUGACUACCGACCGUGGGCCGCUGGCCCUUCGCUUGCAGUUUCUGUGAGCUACGCGAAUACUGGCUUCUACUUUUGCGGAUUCUACUCGUACCAAGAUACAGUGUACGUUGGCAAGCUUGGUAACGCAUACUUCUACAAGAACGAGAUCGCAGGUCAAACCGACUUUUUCUACGGCUUUGGUACUGCGUGGAUCCAGUCCAGUCUUGUGACCCUGCGCAACUGCGGUGGAGGUAUCACAGCAUGGAAGGGCACCAACACGACCUUUGUCAACAAAUAUGGCGUCUACAUCCACGACUCCAAAGUCCAGAAAGCCAACUCCUCCCUCGCCAUAACUGGAAAGUGCGCCCUCGGCCGCCCCUGGAACGCCCUGCACCGCUCCAUCUUCGCCAACACUUAUCUCGACGACUCCAUCCAACCCAGCGGCUACAUCGCGUGGGGCACCACAGACCCCCGUGUCAACGCUAACACCACAAUGGCCGAGUACAACACCUACGGACCCGGUUUCAACGCUACUGGAAGGGCCGCCGGUAAUGUGACGAUUGUGAUGGACAGGAAACAGUACGAGCCGUACUCAUCGGUUGAAAGGGUGUUUCAGUUUCCGUUCACGGCGAAGGAAGGGAACACGGCGUGGAUAGAUAGGGAGCCGGAACGGUGAUUGGGCGAGCAGUUUAUUUGAUGAUGGAUUUUUAGGUUCACCAGCAGCAAACGAUCAAAUCAAUGUAUCCAGCAUACACGUUGACAAAUGCUUCAAAAAGAUAUGGACAAAUUUUAGUGAGCAAGGAGGGCUCUCGAUGACCCUGAUGAAGCAAGCGGGGCUCUCGCAAGCAUGUAGGCUGCCGAAGUGGAAGGUAGCUAUUGAGUUUGAGU